CUUCCACAUUCCAUCGUUACCAUCACAACUCUAUAACUGAACAACUUAAGCCAAACGUCUUGCCUUUGUGAUAGCUAUGGACUCUUCUUGCAGCUCUGCAACAAACUUCGAUCAAGGCGGAGGAACCACCAUCUCCACCGUCCAUCCCGACAUCAUCCAGACCCACAUACUCACCAGACUUGAUGGCCCCACGCUCGCUUCAGCCGCUUGUGUCUCCUCCCAAUUACACGCUCUCUCCACCCAAGACAAACUUUGGCGACAUAUUUGCUCUUCCACUUGGCCAUCCGUCGACGACCCACGUGUCAGUAACUUAAUUUCCGCCUUUCCCGCCGGUCACCGGUCAUUCUACAACGAUUCUUUCACGAUCCUCGAUCAUAAUCAACAACUUCUCAAGCGCAAUCCCGAAAGCUUGGUUCCUACAUCAAAAUUGGUAUCAGCCGUUGAUAUUUUUUAUAAAGAGAAGCUUAUUUUCUCCAGAGUACAGGAGAUGGAGACCGUAUCGGGUUGGUUUUUGUGUUCUCCGUUUCGGGUCGAUUUACUUGACCCGAAGGAAACGGUUUCAACACCGGUUACAAAGGUUGGGGAAAACGAGGCCUGGCUCAAACAUAUGGAAGAUAACUUGAAAUUGAGUUGGAUAGUAAUUGACCCGACCCGGAGAAGGGCGGCCAACAUAUCGACCGGGAAGCCGGUGUUUGUUCAAAGGCACUGGUUGACAGGGGAGGUGCAGGUCCGGUUCGGGUCAAUCAUGGUAGGCGAGGGACGGCGGGGAUCGGAGACGGAGUUUGUGGAUUGUGGGGUGGUGGUGACGUGGGGAGGAAAGGAGGGAGGGGAGCUACAUGUGAGCGAGGUGAGUAUGGUGGUGGAGGACAUGGAAGGAAGGAAUCUGAAUGGGAGGGAUAGUUUGGUAAUUUUGCAAGAUGCCUUGGAUGCUGGGAAGCGGAGGAAGGUAAGGAGCGGAAAAGAAGGGAAAGAAAGGUAUGAAGAAUACGUGGAGAGGAAGAGAGAGAGGAAUGGAGGAAAGCAGAGGAGGGAGAGGGCUUUGGACAUGGCUUGCAUUGCGACAGGGGUUACUGUUUUCCUGUCUUUUUGGACGUUCAUUUUGUUCAGAUGAAAGAGACUCACACUUAAUUUGCCCUCAUAAAUUUAGUAAACAGAAAACAGGUAAAUAGGGAAAAUAUGGUUAUUUGUCAUUUUGUUGUAUACAUAAUACUACAUUCUUUUUAAUGUUUAUUUCAAGAAAAAGAAAAGGAAAGGCAGAUGUUGUAAACUGCUAUAUUGUUUGGUAUUUCGACGGCUAUGCGAUGCUGCAAGUCAAAGUUUGUUAAGAUAUCAAAUGAAGCGAAUGAUUGAAAGAACAUGCUUCGUUUAA